AUGACGAUGAUGAUCUGCAAACAACAUCAGCCAUCUUCAUUGCAAAUACCCAUCCACUUAUCCUUGCUCCGCCGCCGCCCACUGAAAGAAAAAGUCGUCGUCGUCAUGGGCGCCACCGGCACCGGAAAAUCACGGCUCUCUAUCGACCUCGCCACCCACCAUCCCGCCGAGAUUAUAAACUCAGAUAAAAUGCAAGUCUACGAAGGUCUAGAUAUCGUCACCAACAAAAUAACCGAAGAAGAAUGCGAUGGCGUCCCUCACCACCUCAUCGGAAUCGUGGAUCCCGACGCCGAUUUCACAUCCUCAGACUUCGCCAGCACCUCAUCACUCGCCGUGAAAUCCAUCGUCGGAAAAGGGAAACUCCCGAUUAUCGCCGGAGGAUCGAAUUCGUUCAUUGAAGCAUUGGUUGAUGAUCGGAAUUAUGAGUUCCGGUCGAGAUACGACGUUUGUUUCUUGUGGGUUGACGUCGCAAUGCCGGUGCUCCACCGGUUCGUUUCCGAUCGGGUCAACCGGAUGGUGGCCGCCGGAAUGGUGAAUGAAGUUAGAAAGAAAUAUAACCCAAAUUCCGAUUACUCAAAAGGAAUUCGACGAGCCAUCGGCGUGCCGGAAUUUGACUCGUUUUUCCGGUGGGAAUACUCGGCUUCUAACGCCGACGAAAAAACUCGCGCCAAAUUAUUAGAAUCCGCCAUUAAUGAAACAAAGAUCAACACAUGCAAACUCGCAUGCCAACAAUUAAGAAAAAUCCAUCGGCUAAGAAACACUAAAGGCUGGAAAAUCCAUCGGCUUGACGCCACCAAAGUCUUCCAACAAAACGGCAAAGAAGCCGAUGAAGCUUGGUCGGAGCUGGUAGCCGGACCUGGAUCAGCCAUCGUCUCUCAAUUCAUCCACAACUUAGACCAUUCCAGAAUUUUCACCACCACCACCAACACCACCACCACCGGCCCGUCUGACGGCGGCAGCAGGACAGUCAGAGAAGUUGAAAGGAGAACAGCGAUGGCAGCCGCGGCUCGCUGAGCCGAUAGAGAAAAAAUUAUUCCAUAACCAAUUUGCACAAAAUUAAAUUAUUUUUUUUGAGAGGUUUGGUUUUUUUUGGCCAAAUCUAUGGUUGAUACAUGUUGUACCGUACAAUAUGGUUAUGCAUGUGUUUUGGAGGGGUCUGAAAUGACUAAAAUGCCCUCCUGUAUAAAAGGGUAUAGGAAUAAUAAUAAUUGGCUUUAAACAAUUGUAUAUGACAGUGUAUGUAUGAUCUGUAAAA